UUCACUCAACUCUGGGGAUUGUCGUUCGAGGAGGAUGAGAUGGGGCAUGCACGCAUGCUUGCCGAACUGGAGCUAUUCCAUGGGACGCCGCUGCUGCAGAUCUGGACUUGUGAUUGCUUUUCCAUCUUCGUCAGAUCGGAAGGACUCGAUGAUAUAUAACAUACGAAUCUCGAAUUUCCUCCACUGCUCGCGUCGCGUAUUUCGUCUUCCUCCCCUCCGUGUACGCUAGCGUGGGUCGCUGCAGGUGGGCCUCCCAUGUUGCCCAGCUGCCACUUCACGCGCGGCGCGUCGCCUCCAUGCAAACACAUCUUCCGCAUUCUCCUCCCGCCGUUGAUUCCUCACCACGCCUUUCAUUCCACACAGUCAUGAACAACGCGUCCGUGGCUCGACUCAAGUCGCGCAAAGCCAGCGCAAACCGACAAUCGCUCGCCUCGCGAUGGAACAUCAAAAUCUUGCGUGCUCUGGAAGCGGAACUUAAAAAACACACCGAAGCCGACAUUUCUUCACUUCCCCCACGAGACUACUCGGACGCUCGACAGGCAUGCAAAACAGAAGAGCACCAGCCGCCCGAUUGCGACGUUUCGUUUCCCGAUGAUGACAUCCGCUCGAAAACUCUUCAGGUGCGAGGCUGCCUAAAGUCAAGUUUGGUUCGCAAGGUUGGUAAUAUUCCGGGUGCCUUGUGGGUUUGCAACUCGACUCGGAACGAAGUCUUCAGGCGCAAUCCAAAAGUACCUUGAUUGUAGAAUGACCUCACCAACAUAAUAAUUAGCGGUGAGGACUUUAUUUAUGAACUACCUAGGUAUCUAUGGAGACCGAUUAGAUUCCGGCCUGAGGCCGCUGGUCACUCGGAUGC